AUGGAAAAAGGAGAAGCUGUGAAGAAGCCAUUACUUGAGAAUUACAACGGCCAAGGCAGUGAGAUCUCAUCGUCCGCCCCGCUCACAAUCGUUGUCGGUUUUAGCUGUAUCGUUGUUUAUUGCUCUUCUUUUGCUGGUGGAAAUUCCAUUGGAUAUUCAUCACCUGCUGAGUCUGGAAUUUUGAAUGACCUUGGCCUCGAUUUAGCAGAUUACUCCGUUUUUGUUUCAAUCUUUCUUAUUGGAUCACUAUGUGGAGCAGUAUGGAGUGGGAAAGUUGCGGAGUUUAUUGGUCGGAGAGGUACAAUGGGAGUUACAGAUUUAUUCUGCAUCACGGGGUGGCUUGCAAUAGCAUUUUCGAAGGAUGCUUUGUGGCUCGAUUUUGGAAGAUUCUUAGUUGGAUGCGGAGUGGGACUUAGUUGUUAUGCGGCACCUAUAUAUGUUGCCGAAAUCACCCCCAAAACCGUGAGAGGAGCCUUAAUGUCAGUGAAACCUCUGCUGAUGAGCAGUGGCAAAGCACUCUUUUUCUUUAUCGGUCCUGUUGUCAACUGGCGUAUCUUAGCACUAACAGCGCUUGUUCCCUAUUUGUUACAGCUGCCAGGCCUCUUAUUCAUUUCUGAGUCGCCUAGAUGGUUGAUGAAAAUUGGUCAAGCCGAGAAGUCUGAAAGUGCUCUACGCCGCCUUAGGGGAGAGAAGGCGAAUAUAUCUCAAGAGACAGCUGAGAUCAGAGAUUAUAUAGAAUAUUCUAAAAGGGUCUCUGGAGAUGGAAUUUUAAGUGUAUUCCAGAGGAAGUAUUCAUAUUGUCUCAUUGUUGGAACAGGCCUUGUGGCGUUCCGACAACUUGGAGGACUUGGUGGGAUUUCCUUUUAUGCAAGUUCAAUCAUCAAGUCUGCAGGUUUUUCAAGUGAGAUUGGGAGCAUUGCAGUUGGAACAACUGAGAUUCUGUCGGCGAUACUCGGAGUUUGCUUCAUAGAUAAGUUCGGAAGGCGACCGCUUCUUCUGAUAUCUGCAGCCGGGACAUGCUUUGGUUCUUUUAUUCUUGGAUUGUCAUUCUUCUUGCAGGGUCUUCACUUUGGAGAGAAGAUUACUCCUGUUUUGGGGCUUGCCGGUAUACUGGUAUACUUCGGCUUUUUCAGCUUAGGUAUGGAAGGAAUACCAUGGAUCAUAUCGAAGGAGAUAUUUCCGGUGAACAUAAAGGGGGCAGCUGGUAGUAUAGCAAGUGUGGUUUCUUUGAUUAGUGGUUGGGUUAUUUCCUACACUUUCAACUUCAUAUUUGAAUGGAAUUCAGCAGGUACGUUUUUCAUAUAUGCUGCCAUGUCUGGUGCUAGUGUAUUGUUCGUUUGGAAGAUGGUACCAGAGACCAAGGGGCGUAGUCUUGAAGAAAUACAAGCAUCCCUACUCAUUAGUCCACAACAAUAAGACUGCAAUGGUAUAUGAAUAAUAAUAUGAAUAUCCCACAAAAAAGUUAAAAAAAUAGUAAUAAUAAAGAAAGGGAAAAAAGGGUUUAUGGCCAAUCACAAAAGUAAUG